AUGACAUCUAUGGUUGAAACUGGCAAAGAAGCCAUCGAUGAUCCGCUUGCAAGUCUCUCGCUUGACUUUGACAAGGUCUUCAUGGACUUUCCCGAUGAUUGGACGUCUCAGGCCAUCUUCAUAGAUGAUCGUCUGGGUCGAGCUUUGGAAACAGAUGAAGCUACACAACUACUCGUCUUGCAGAAACUACAGACUAGUCUCAAAAGAGAUAUCAAUAAAACCUCCGCAGAGAACAUCGCCUGGGAUCUAGUCAAGGCCAUCACGCCUUUCCUGCAAACAAGAUCCCAAGCAGUGCUUGAAUCUGCUUCAGAGCUACUGCAUCUCCUUGUCGAGCUUGGUAAUUCAAGAGAAGUACUGGUCAGCCUAUGUGAAGCCUGCUCUACGCUUCAAGCCAGUAUUGCAACAAAGGAAAAUAGAGCAGGGCUUGUCGAAUGUGGCAAGCAACUUGCAUGUGCAUUAGAGCAGUGCAUACUGGCCAUCAAGACCAACAGACCGUCCAGAUUCCUCUCCGAAUAUACAAAGGCUCUGCUCGUCCUGUCCAGUCACUUUGCUACACUGGAAGAUUCGGAUGCUUUGAUUUGGUUGAUGCAACGCAUCGCAGCUAGCUCCAAGUAUGGUGCCAUUUCUAGACUCCAAUCGCUUGCUGAAGGCGAAGACCAGCAAAAGGCAUUUGCAGACUUGAAGAGAAGCUUCGUCAGCUAUGUGGCCCGUCACAUUGGCAAGACUGAUAGACCGUUGCUAUGCGAGACGAUAGUUUCAAGGUACUAUCCCAAGAGAUUGCCACAAAAUGGCAGCAUUUCACCAACUAAAAGCAGGGAGGCUUUAUACCCUUUGACGGAUUUCAGCAGAGAUAUGGGCUUUGACUGGGAUCACUUCUCUUCAGCAGUCUUGCACCCUGAUGAAGGCGACGACGAUGUCGACUCGCUCGGAGAAGAUGAUGAUGCUGAGGUUUCUGUCGAAAGUCAGGGGGCCAUCUUACUGGUCGCAGAAGGACUCUGCUCAGUGGAAAGUGUUCCUGAAAUGGCAGAAUACAGCUUUGAGCAGCUCAAUGAAUGCUUGAUCCGAUACAGUUUCAAUGUUACCAAUAGGCUCCCUGAAGUGACUGAUGGGCUAGUUGCUAUGGUAUUGCUGCGUAUCGAACGCUUGAAGAUCUCCCCCAAUGGGACUUCGCAGGUUCCGUCAUCGGAAGCCAAUGGCGACCUCAUCUUACUUAUCCAACUACUCAGCUCGAUCGCGGCACGCCAACCGAUAGAUCUCAUACGGCAUGCUGCGAUGCUUGCUGCAGAGAGCUUACUGCUUCUUGGAUCCAAUGAGCUCGCCCACAACUUUUUCGUUGAAACACUGACGGACCUGCCGGACGAUCUGUCAGCAUUGAGACCUGUCAUCAUCGGCCUUGUCAAAGAUCGAAUUGCAGGCGGCGACAGCUAUUGGACUGACGAGUCGCGUAUCGCGCAGUACUGCAAGCUUGUCUUUGGAGAUGUAUCGCGAGAUACCCAAGAACAAAUCCAAGCUGCAAAUUUUGCCAUCUUCCUGCAUGGUCUGCGACAGCUCGCGGAAGACUGGGCCUUCAUCAAGAUGACACGCGAGACAUGA